CACCCUUGCUCAGCAGCCCCCUCCCCCUGAACUCCGAGAGCCUGGGGGUUCGGGCCCUGGCUCGAACCCCGGCCAGGGACCCGUAGCGAGACGGACCAAACGGGAGAAGGCGGAGAGCAUGCUGCGCAAUGAUUCGCUCAGCUCGGACCAAUCGGAAUCUCUGCGUCCGCCACCGCCAAGGCCCUACAAGUUGAAACGGGGGCUGGGGGCCGGAGUGAAGAGGCAAACCAGCGUCAGCAGUUCAGAGGAGGAGGGAGGGACCACGCCCGAGUACAGCAGCUGUGAGGACGCUGAGAUCGAAAGUGUCAGCGAGAGAGGUGACUGGGAGUGCUACCCCCAUGACCCCACUGUAUGGCAUCAUCCUGUAACCUGGCAGCCAUCCAAGGAGGGAGACCAUCUGAUUGGAAGAAUCACCCUCAGCAAACGGAGCGCCACCAUGCCUAAAGAAGCCGGAGCACUGCUGGGGUUAAAGGUGGUGGGAGGCAGAAUAACAGAGUCAGGGAGAUUAGGUGCCUUCAUCACUAAAGUCAAGAAGGGGAGCCUGGCUGACGUGGUGGGACAUCUCAGAGCAGGGGAUGAAGUUUUGCAGUGGAACGGGAAGCUGUUACCAGGGGCGACCAUGAAGGAAGUUUACAACAUCAUCCUGGAAUCCCAAGCCGAGCCUCAAGUGGAGCUGGUGGUAUCCAGGCCUAUUGGUGAUAUCCCAAGAAUCCCCGACACGUCCCACCCUCCAUUAGAAUCUACAGGUUCCAGUUCUUUUGAGUCCCAGAAGAUGGAGAGACCAUCCUUAAAUGUCCUGUCUCCCUCCAGUCCAGGGAUGCUCCAAGAUGCUCCACAGUUAAUGCCAGGGCAACUCUCAGUGAAGCUGUGGUAUGACAAAGUGGGUCAUCAGCUAAUCGUCAACGUGAUGCAGGCAGUAGAGCUUCCUCUUCGGCCUGACGGGCGGCCCAGAAGCCCCUACGUCAAAAUGUACUUCCUCCCUGACCGCAGUGACAAGAGCAAACGAAGGACAAAAACUAUGAAGAAGACCUGUGAGCCCAAGUGGAACCAGACGUUCGUCUACUCUCAUGUCCAUCGCAGGGAUUUCCGCAACCACAUGCUGGAGCUGACAAUAUGGGACCAACCCAGGUCACCGGAGGAGGACAGCACCUUUAUGGGAGAGAUCCUGAUAGAGCUGGAGACGGCCUUACUGGACGACAAGCCUCACUUGUAUCCACUCCAAACCCAUGACGUCUCAUCCAUACCGCUGCCCCGACCCUCCCCAUACCUGCCCCGGCGACACACAGAGCCCCCUGGCAAGAAGCUGCAGCGUUCUCAGCGUGUAACAGAGCCUGAAUUUGAUGAAGGUACAACAGUAAUGUCGAAAGCGGAUGGGCGUGGCAGGGAGAGGCAGCGAGAGUCCACGUCUACCCUGGAGGUGCCGGACCAGCAGAGGACGCCCUCCCAUCACAUACGUUCCCGCUCGGUCUCCCCACACCGCGAGGAGCAGGGACGAAUCCGCUCGCGGCCACCCAAUGUUCCCACCCAGAGGAGUCUGGAUAAUGAGCUCCCUCACGCCCGUCGUUCCCGUUCUCCGGCCCGUUACCAUGACGCUGCCAGAGGCCGCCACCAUGAGCAGGAGUACCUGGAUGACAGCAGUGAGGUCAUCAUGAUCCACCAGUCAAUGCGAGGCAAAAGUGCAGAGUGUCUCCACACCAGUGAUCUGCAGCCUUCUCUGGACAGGGUUAGGAGCGCUAGCGCCAACUGUCUGACUCCAGACUAUCAUGCCCCCUCACCAGAGACUGAAAGAAAAUCUUUGUCCCAUUCCCUGCCCCGGAGACGUCCGGCAAGCCCCAGGAUUCUUAUCCAACAUGCUUCCCCUGAAGAUGACAGAAUAUGGAUGCCACUUCCUACUCAAGAGACUUUAAUUCACAUCAGUACAAAGAAGAGGCAGCCUCGGACCUUGGAGGUACCUGUGUGUCAGGCUCAUGGCAGGAAGCUCCCUGACAGUGGCAGGGGCCACCUCCAAGGCGGUGCGUCUCUUUCCUCCUCAGUGACGUCCUCCUCAGCCCGCAGAUCGAGGCAACUCCCACAGCUUCCCCCCCAGAGCAGCACCGUAGAACAAGCCCUGGUAGCAGAGGAGUGUGUUCGUCAGCUCCAGAUGAGGGUUCAUUCCAACCGGGCAUCAGCUGCUGCCACCACCUCCAGCCAGCAGGACCUGGACCGAGCCCUCAAGAACAAACGGGAGCUCUACAAGGACCAGAGGAGGAGCAGUGAGAACAUUUCCCAUAAGUCCUCAGACAGUGAUGUCAGCGACGUGUCAGCCAUCUCUCGAACCAGCAGUGCCUCUCGCAUCAGUAGCACCAGCUACAUGUCCAUCCAAUCAGAGAGACCCCGGGGACGCUUCAGCAGGGCCAUGUGCGCAACGGGCCGCCACAUGAUGAAGAGCACCAGCGUGAGCGGUGAGAUCUACGGCAUGGAGCACACCGACGGCAGCCAAUCAGACACAGCGCUCGGGAGCCUGGGAAGCGGGAUCAAGAAGCGACGCUCGAGCCUCAGCCAACGUGUUGUUGCCAUCCUGCCAUCCAGACGCAGCCGGAGUACCUCACAACUCAGCCAGACAGAGGCGGCGGGUAAGGCGGCGGACAGACAGAAAGCGGCUUCAGCAGGUAAGAAGGUGGGCAAAGGCGGCAGCAGCAUCCAGAGGAGUGUGGAGACGGGCAUGGCUGUGGAAUAUCCACGGGGAGGGUCGGGCAUGAACCGGCAGGCCAGCAGAGAGUCGACUGAUGGCAGCAUGAACAGCUACAGCUCUGAGGGGAAUCUGAUCUUCUCAGGUAUGCGGUUGGGUGCCGACAGUCAGUUCAGUGACUUCCUGGAUGGUUUAGGCCCCGGUCAGCUGGUUGGCCGACAAACACUGGCCACACCUGCCAUGGGUGAUGUUCAGAUCGGUUUGAUGGAUAAGAAAGGUCAGCUGGAGGUGGAGGUGAUCAGGGCACGAGGCCUUACCCCCAAACCAGGCUCCAAAUCCCUCCCAGCUCCCUAUGUCAAGGUGUACCUGCUGGAUCAUGGAAGUUGUAAAGCCAAAAAGAAAACCAAGAUUGCACGCAAGACGCUAGAGCCGCUCUACCAGCAGCAUCUGCUCUUUGAGGAGAGUCCCCAGGGCAAGGUGCUUCAGGUGAUAGUAUGGGGCGACUAUGGACGGUUGGAUCACAAAUGUUUCAUGGGUGUAGCACAGAUCUUGUUGGAGGAGCUGGACCUGUCAAGUACGGUGAUUGGCUGGUACAGACUGUUUCCGCCGUCCUCAUUGGUGGACCCUACGUUAGCUCCGCUCACGCGGCUGGCGUCUCAGACGUCACUGGACAGCUCAGGACCGCCACCGGGCGUUCGGUCCUAGUGACCGAGUGGCGAGCGCAAAACCUUCCCCCAAAUAUCCCUCAAAGUGACAAAACAAUGGACCACAGCUG